AAUUGCAUACUAAUUUCUAAGCAUCGCAUAUGCUGUGUUUCCGUUUCUUUCCAGGCGGACAUGACGGAGGGCCUGCUCGCGGGUAUGUGACAUGCCGUCUUCAGCUGCUGAAGGAAGCUCUUGAGAAAGUUUUUUGUGGAAAUGCACAAGAAACAGAUGCGUACAAGGUCCAUGUGCACGAUGUUGCCUCUGGUUUUCAGCACAAUGAACCAGGGGAAAAGAAGUAUAAUCGCACGCUGAGCUAUUGGUGCUUCGAUCCUGGACUGUGCAUGAAGGAAUUUGUCAAAUUGGGUGUGAAGACCAUACUCCUGACGAGUGGGACAUUGGCACCGCUCGAAUCCUUUGCGCAAGAACUAAAGUUGCCAUUUCAGAUCCAAUUGGAGAAUCCCCAUGUCAUUCCUGCAAACCACGUAUGGAUUGGUGUCGUACGCACUGGGCCUUCUGGAGUUCCAUUAAACUCGUCGUACAGGAACCGUGAUUCAAUCGAGUACAAGAUUGACCUUGGCAAUGCAAUUGUGAACUGGGCAAGAAUUGUUCCGGAUGGAUUGCUCGUGUUUUUUCCAUCGUACAGUUUCUUGACAACUUGUAUUAAAGCAUGGAAAACAAUGUCCAGCGGCUCAGCAGCUUUAUCCACGACAGUAUGGGAUCGGAUUCUGCGCUAUAAGGUCGCAGUGGAAGAACCCCGAGAUGGUACACUUUUCCGACAUGCGAAUGAGGUGCGAAUCCAUCAAUAACUUGGUCGGGACAUAUAAAAUUGGAAUGAUACAGGGGGCAAAAAAAAAAAAAAAAAAAACCUUGGGUGCAGGGGCAAAGUGGGGGAGAACUACUGUCUUCACCAGA